GCCCUGAACGCAUCGCCAAUGUACACAGUGUAGCGACAGUAUCUACCUAGUUCUUUAAAUCAGUUGGUAUUUCUUAUAUUAAAAGCUGUCUUUGUUCUGUUUUAAUCGCUUGUUUUGAGGACAAAUUGCCCAUCUCCCUGGCAUUUACUUUUAAUUUAAACAGGCACGCUGCUUUGAGUUGCUAACGCAUGUUAGCAUUAGCGUACGUAGAAGUCCCAUGUCAGAACAGCUGUCAGUGUCUGAUGAUGUGGAGGAGUUUACAGCAAGUUUUACUGCAGAACAACAAAGAGAACAGGCGAAGAGACUCACCACCUUUCUGUCUCAGUACACCCAUCUGACCGACUCUUUUAUUAUUGAGUUCUUCACUGAAAAUCUGUGGCAGACGUUACCCAGCACCUGGCAGGCAGUGCUGCAGGACCUUUCAUAUCCACAAACUGCAGAUCUACUGCUGGAUGCUUCUCAUGAAGACAGGAGGUAUCCUUCAGUGUGGCCCUUGUCCCUCCUGGCUUUCCGUGCCACAGCUCAUGCCCUGGCCUAUCCCAGAGAGUGCGGGCCUGACCAAGGCAGAGUGGCUGCUUUGGUGAAGCCUGAUGAGUUCCUGGAAAACCAGAGUCAGAGUUCUUUACUGGGACACAUAUUCAGGAAGCACGUCAAACCCAAGAAACAGCAUGAGAUCCGAAAGCUGGGCAUGCUUGUUAAACAACUUUGUGACCAGACAGGCUGCAGGAGAGUGGUGGAUGUGGGCUCUGGCCAGGGUCACCUCACCCGUUUCCUGUCCUUUGGGCUUGGACUGUCUGUGACUGCUAUUGAGGCUGAUCACACCCUGGUUGCUAUGGCUUCCAGGUUUGAUGCCGAGUUAUUGUGGACCCUGGAGAAAGAAAAACAGAAAAAGAGCUGCUUCUUUCAGCUUCCUGAAGCACUCUCCAUCCCACAACACAUGGCUGGAUGGGUAAACCCUAAGGCAUCAUGGGAAACUUUUAUCAAGCAGCUAAAAGAGGCAAAUCAUGUCAUAGAAGGACCCCAAACUUUAUUUGGACCCAGCAAAAAGAGGCGCUCAGAUCUAACUCAGACUUCACAAUCUGAUGGUCUUUCACACAAUUCGAAUAGGAGUGAGAGUGAACAGAUGCUGUCUGAGAGACUCUGCUGUUCAGACAUUCCAGCUGUGUCUGAAGAGGGUUUAAACCCAGAGGAAAGCCUUCUGCAGGACUAUCCAGACUUUGUCUUGACUGGUCUCCAUGCUUGUGGAGACCUCAGCGCCACGCUCCUCCGCCACUUUGUCAGCUGCCCUCAAGUUCGUGGCAUCACCUCUGUGGCGUGUUGCUACAUGAAAAUCACAACCAAAGAAAACCCCACCCCUCCAGGACUGAUCUCACCUUCCUCUCCGCUCACACCUAGCACUGAGUCAUUUCGCUAUGAAUUUGGCUACCCGAUGAGCUCCUGGGUGAAGUGGUUGCCUGGACAUCAGCUCUCCUAUAAAGCACGAGAGGGGGCAUGUCAUGCUGUGGAGGACUAUGUGCGGAGGCUGCGAGAGGGAAGCCAGCUGCUCAGGACGCACUGUUACCGAGCGAUACUGGAGACAUUCAUCAGGGAAACGAGACCAGAUCUUCGCAGGGCAGGAAUCCAGACCAUAAAGAAAGCCCACCUAUUAGCAUUUACUGAAUAUGCCCGUCUGGGCCUGCCUCGGGUGGGCCUGCCUCCUGAUUUACCUCUGGACCAGGAGCGGGUGGAGGCCAUGUUGAAACAGCAGAGCAAGGUGGUGGUGUACUUCACUCUGACCCUGCUGCUAGCUCCUGUGGUGGAGACCUUGGUGCUGCUUGACAGGAUGAUCUAUCUGGAGGAGAACGGUGUGGACAGUCAGCUAAUUCCUCUCUUCAAUCCAAACUUUUCCCCAAGAAACUUUGUGCUGGUUGCUCUGAAGCCGUCCAGAUAGUCUGUACAAAACCGAACCCAUACAAUCGGUACCCUGUUGUUUGUAUCAAUAUUAAAUCAUGAAGAUAAGGCUUUGGUUCAGGAGAUGGAUUGAGUGUCUUACAUUCAGAAGGUUCACAUCCCCAGUGUUUUCAUUGCUGCAUGAAUAUCAGAUUAGUAGGUUGAUGUAGAUUGUUGUUUAAAGCGUUCCGAGAGGGAAAAUAGUCAGGAUUAGCACUAUAUUCUAUGAAGUCUUUUUACCAUUUAGUGAAUGAUGUGUGUGCCACAGUUUUUUGUCAUGUGGUCUUUUGCCAUAUUUUUAAGUCUAAAUCAUGAAUUCAUCUUCAAAAUUCUACUAAUAGUUUGGUUUCCGUUUACAAAAAAUGUUGUUGUAAGGUUGCUUGAUUUUUAGCUGGAAAUGUAUCAGUUUUUUAAAUGACAUUUUAGAAGUCAUUCAUCUUUGUUUCUGCACUGCGUCUUCACCUGAAAGCAAGAAAUAAAACGUUGCUUAAAUUAGUUCCA